GCAUCUCACUUCCAUCACGAACGCGCAGACGAUCGAGUCGUCCAACAUCUUUGUUCGCGAGAUUUUCGCAUUCUACACUUCCUGAACAGACGCUCCUUUUGCCUCGCCCUUCUCUCCACAUUUCCGCAACGGCUGGCCCAGACACAAGAACGCCACGGACCCGUUGAAACUCCGACUCCCAAAACCUCCACCCUCCACCUAUCCUCUCUCCCAACCGCAAACUGUACAUAUACAUAUACCAUACCCUCACCUCACCCACAACCCACUGUCCACAACCCACAACAAUGGCCGUCCACUCGAUACAAGACCGCACCUCCGAAUUCCGCUCCAUCCUCGCCCACGCCCAGCGCAAGCAAACCACCUCCAAAGUCGUCGGCUCCCAACGCCAAUCCCUCCUCACCAACAACCAGAAAGCCGCCGCCGGCAACACCACAAAUGGCCCACGCCAACGCUCCGAAUUUGCCCGCAAGGCCGCCGACAUAGGCCGCGGCAUCUCCGGCACCAUGGCCAAACUCGAACGCCUCGCCCAGCUCGCCCGCCGCAAAACCCUCUUCGACGACCGGCCCGUCGAAGUCGAAGAGCUCACCUUCGUCAUCAAACAGGACCUCGCCGCCCUCACCCAGUCCCUCUCCGCCCUCCGCGACUCCUCGCGCGCCCAGCACCCACAGGCCUGGCAGAAACACACCCACGGCCCCGCCCUCGACCAAGAAGGCGAACACGGCAAAAACGUAGUCGUAAUGCUGAACGGCAAACUCGAGGGCAUGACGGACAGUCUGAAGCAAGUCCUCCGCACGCGCAUGGAGAACGUCAUGGCGAGCAAGUCGCGCACAGAAAACUUCGUCUCCUCCAUGUCCACGUACUCGCACGGCGCCCUCGAUCCCUCCCGCACCGACUCGCCGCUGUACCAGACGCCGCAGCGAGGCCGCUCGCCGCGGCCCGGGUCGCACAACACGAGCGCAGCGCAGCAGGAUCUCCUCUCGCUUGAGCCGUCGUCGUCGUCCUCUGCGCUUGCUCGCGCCGGGCCACAGUCGGAUGCGCAGCUCAUGCUGAUGGAAGAAGCACAGGCGCCGAACCAGUAUAUCCAGCAGCGCGGCGAGGCCAUCGAGAUGAUCGAGCGCACCAUCGGCGAGCUCGGCGGCAUGUUCUCGCAGCUCGCGCAGAUGGUGUCGGAGCAGGGCGAGCAGAUCCAGCGCAUCGACGCCGACACCGAGGACGUCGUCGACAACGUCGAGGGUGCGCAGCGCGAGCUGAUGAAGUACUGGAACCGCGUCAGUGGGAACCGGUGGUUGGUGGCCAAGAUGUUUGGCGUGCUGAUGAUAUUCUUCCUGCUCUGGGUCUUAAUAGCGGGCUGAAUGAAUAUACGCCCGAUCAAACCACGUCUUUUUUUGGGGGGAGGGUUUUUUUUGGGAAUCUGCAUAUCCGGCGUUCCUUGGGCACGCGCUACCUACCCGAUUUGCAUGCAUGCGUGACAGCAAGCAAUCGCGAUUUAGACUUUUUUACCCCGUCCUAGCCUACUGUACCUUGACUUACCUUACAUGCCCACAGUCGUCUCGCCAGUAUCUUUCCAUUGUACCAUGCUAUCAGCUAUAUAUUUUUUUUAUAAUCACGACAGACAGGGUGAAGGAGGAAAAGGGUGGGAACGGGGGGAGGCAAUCCGAGUCUGCGCCAUGAGCACAGUAUUAUCUGUACAACAACAAUAUACAUUUACACUUUUACCAGCG